UAUACAAAUCAAAUCUUUAAGCAGACAUGGACAUGUACGACCCACAAACCUUGGGCUUCAUGGUGUUUGGUGGCUUCAUGGUCAUCUCUGCGAUUGGAAUUUUCUUGGUCUCCACCUUCUCCAUGAAGGAAACAUCCUACGAAGAAGCCUUGGCAAAACAGAAGAAAGAGCAGGAAAAGGCUCAACAGGCUAAAUCUGAAAAGAAGAAGAAAGAAAAAUCUGUAGAGAAGAAAGGAAAACCAAAGAAAAGAGACGAGAAACCCAAUGGGAGAAUCCCAGAAGCUGAGCCCGUGCAGGAUGUCUCAGAAGCUGAAGUCGAAGUUGAACCUGUUAUUGUGCCAACUAUUGAGCCUCCUAUUAUGGCCGUUUCGUCUCCUCUUCCUCCUGAGUCUUCUCCCCCAGCCUCCAAAGAAAAGAGGAAGAAGGAAAAAAAGGUUGCCAAAGUUGAACCUGCCCCAAAUCCUGUUUCAGCCCAGGCUCCAGUCGGCAGCUCAUCUAAACAAGCUUCUGCACCUGCGGUGGAGAUGGUUACUAGGGAAGUGCCUGUAAUGGCAGUCCCACCCGUGGGUGCCCAGCAGGUUGCACCCAUUGCUGCUACUCCUUCUCCUGGAGGUGCCAAAAAGAUUGAAGCAACUGCCAACCAAGAUGAAGCAAAACAAGAUGCCCCAGCCAAGAAGAAGAUUGCAUCUAAGAAAAAGCCCGAGCCCAUCAAUGUUCCUGCUGACACCUUGGAUGGCCCUCUCUACAUUCCUUACAAAACCCUGCUUUCCACAGUGAGCAGUAUGGAUUUCAGCGAGGGGGAGGCCCAGCAGCUCAUCGAGAUCCUGAUGGACAAGGCCGGCAUUGUGCAGGACACCUGGCACACAGCUACUCAAAAAGGAGACCCAGUAACAGCUCUGAAACGCCAACUGGAUGAGAAAGAGAAGCAGCUUGUAGCAGAACAAGAGGAUUCCAGUGCAGCCAAAAGCAAGCUUCGGGAAGUCAACAAGGAACUUGCAGCUGAAAAAGCCAAAGCCUCAGCCAAUGAAACAAAACUAAAGGAGCAGUUGACGAUGCGGGAGGAGGAGUUAAAUGCGAUGCAGACCCGUAUGCAGGCCAGUUACCAGGACCAUGUGGCUGAGACACAGCAACUACAGGCUAAGAUCCGAGGGCUCCAAGAACAGCUGGAGAAUGGACCAACAGCCCAGAUAGCCCGGCUCCAGCAGGAGAACUCCAUUUUAAGAGAUGCCCUCAACCAGGCAACAAGCCAGAUUGAAAGCAAGCAGAAUGCCGAACUGGCUAAAUUGCGGCAGGAGUGUGCCAAACUAACCAAGGAGCUGAGCGAGAAGUCAGAGGCCCUCCAGCAGGACGAGCAGCAGAGGAAGGUUCUGGAGGGCAAAGCCAGCAAGUAUGAACAGCAGCUUACUGAGCUUCAGUCAAAUCAGCAAGAGACAGAGAGGAUGUUACAGAAACGACUUGAUGAUGUUAGCGAGGAGCUUCGUAAGUCCCAGAGUAACUAUUCCAGCCUGCUGACAGAUACCGAGAAAACGAGAGGGGAACUGUGCACUACACUCAGUAGCUUCACCGAUCUUCAGGCUAAAAUGGUAUCCACAGAGGCUGACCUGAAGAGCAAAGUGGAGGAGCUGGAGAAGCUACACAGUCAGCUGAUGGAGGCUGGCUCAGAGAAAGAACGUCUCGAGGAAAGAAUCAAGUCAAUCGAAGCUCUACUGGAGGCCAGUCAGAACAAAGAAACAGAGAAAGAACAUCCAGUUCAGGCCACCCAACAGGAAGAACUGGAACAGUUGGGGACCAGGCUAAAGGAUAAAGAUGUUCAGAUUACCACUUUGGAACAGGAGGUACUGCAGCUCAAAGAAACAAUUGAACAGCAAAAAAACAAAAACAAUGACCUUCGAGCGAAAAACUGGAAGGCCAUGGAGGCUUUGGCAUCAGCCGAAAAAAUGAGCGGGGAGAAAUUCAUUGCUGCUAAGCAAAUAAAGGAAGAGGCAGAGAACCAACUAAGAUUGGUCUGCACACAAACCAAAGAAAUGCUUCAGGGGCUCUUCCCAGAGGUGUCUGUAUCAUCACAACAGCUUUAUAGCGAUUGGUUGCAAGAGUUCAAACAGAAGACACUGGAUUUCCUGAACCAGCCAAAUAAAGAUUCCUCAAAUCUAGCACUUAAGUUAAAAGAAGCAGAAGAAGCCCGAAGCACUUUACAAGCAGAUUGUGACCAGUACAGAACAGUUCUCGCCGAGACAGAGGGAAUGUUGAAAGACCUGCAGAAAAGCGUGGAAGAGGAGGAGCACGUAUGGAAAGGAAAGUUAGCAGAGUCCGAGGCACAAGUUCAGAAGGCACAGCUACAAGUAAAAAAGUUAGAGGACAUGCUGGAGAAAAUGAAGCUAGAAGCCCAAAACACAGAACAGAUGAAGGAUCGUGUUGUUGAAUUGGAGGUACAGCUACAGUACCAAUUAGAAUCUGCAGACUCAGUGUGUCAGAAAUACUCAGUAGAAGUAAAAGAGUUGAGCGAGCUCCUAAAUGAUGCACAAAGCCAGCUUGAAAUAGCCAAUAAAGAGGUACAGAAACACAGUGAGGAGCUUUCACAGGUGAGGCAGCGUCUGUCUACAAUGGAGACCCAUAUGCGUGAUGGAGAGUUGGCUGAAUCAUUGUCUGAUCAAGUUGAGCCUGCCAAGUUUAAAACCCAGUUGGAAGAAACUGUGACCAGUGAGCAGAUACAAAGACAGCAGCUGGCUGAGGAAUUUGAAAAGGCCCAGAGAUCUGCACUAAACUUACAGGAAGAGCUGGAAAAGUUGAGAGCAGCAGGGGACAGUGUCACCUGUGCCGGAGAGGAUAUCGUUCAACUAAAGGAAAGACUUAACAAGGAAAAGAAAAUGACCAAGGACUUGAGUGAAGCUGCUGCAAAACUCCAGCAGAUGCUGAAGGCUACCCAGGAACAACUUAACAAGGAAAAAGAAACUGUUGUGAAGCUACAAACACAGAGACAGGAAAAGGAAGAGGAGAAAGCAGUGACGGAGGAAGGUAUGAAGGAGGGGACAUCCGUCUAAAGAGUCUACAGUUGCAGUGAACACUACUCGAACUUGCCAGAUGCCUUACAGAUAUAAUAGUUCUUAUGCCAUUCCUAAACUGUGCGCUCAGUAUUGUACCGUAGUUAAUUAUGAACUGUUAGUGAGCCAGUCAAAAGUUUGAGAAAAGUUCCAGUCACCAGUUUUUUUAAAAAGCUUUUUUGACUUUUCUUCUCCUUUUAAGACACAUUACAGUGAAUGAGCUCUGACUGUGUCAGUGAUCUGAAAUCUAGAUGUCCACUUUGUAUAUGAAACAAAAUGACCUGAAUGCUCAGUUUACAUGAAAAGGGAAGCAAAUGUACUGUUGUGGGGAACGUACAUUGAAUUGUGCAAUUAUUAUUAUUUUUUCUUCAAGGAAAAAUGAAUAAGCAAGAGAAAAGGAGCAAGUGAAGUUUAGGUCUUUCAAUGAUUUUUAUUCAGCUGUGAGGCAAACCUUGGCCAGUGACAUGAUUGGGUUGUCAACAGAACAAGUUUUCACAACGUUCUUUUUUGUUUUUCUAAAAGUUGUCCGUACGACAAAUAAAACAUUGUAACCGUU